GGGAGGGGAAGAGAACCAGCAAUGGUGCAGCACUGCAUUUCAAGAAAUGGUGCCAUUGCGGCGCUGGCAGAUACUUCCUUCUGUAAAAAUCCAAUCUCCUUGGAAAGACGCUCUUCAAAGCAACUUCUCACGAGUUUCCAGCACCUCAGAGGCGCAAUUCCUUCUUUUCGCACUUCCUUCGAAACUAUUUUAUCAGCUUGCAAGAUGUUGGCGGUGUUUGAGCAAGCCAUCGCGCACGCCCCUGCAGGGCUGGACGCCCGUGUCCAUCUGCAGGGGACGACGAGCGCAAAGAAUCAGGAGCUGACAGGCAUGUCUGGAAUGGAGAUGCUGAAUGCAUUCAAGGAAAGACAAGUUGCAGUGCACUUUGGGCAGGGGUCUGGCUUGGCAUACAGUUUGGACUAUCAGAAGGAACUUCUUCGACCAAGGGCCUUUGUGAGUCAGGAGAAUGUCUUCCUCCUCUUCAAGGGCCACCUUUCCAACAUGAAUCAGCUGCGGCAAAUGUAUGGCAUUACCAAGGCCGUUACGGAGGAGCUGCUAAUCAUCGAGGUGUACAAGGCGCUGCGCGACAGGGCUCCUUACCCGGCUGACGUGGCAGUAAAGCACCUGGAGGGCGCCUUUGGGUUCGUCCUGUUUGACCAGAACAAUAGCACCAUUUUUGCAGCAACGGACGCUCGCAACGGCGUUGGCAUGCAUUGGGGCACUGCCACGGAUGGAAGCUUAGUGUUUGCGGACAGUAAGGAGCUCAUCAAAGGGUGCGGAACGUCCGCUGCGCCCUUCCCGAACGGAUUCUACUUCUCCAACUUCGAGCGGGGUCUUGUUAACUACGAGAAGCCCAACCACAGCGUUAAAGCCGUCCCCCACGUCAACAGCUCCGGUCAAUUGUGUGGGGCAUUCUUCAAGGUCGACAGCCAAGCACAGAUGGAGAACGCCAUAAAGAGCGGUAUGCAUCAAGUAGGAAGCGAAAUGGAGAUUAACCCGUGGCAGUAUUAGCUGUAUAUAGUGGCCCGCACUAACCAUGCUGGAACCAGGUUUCGGAAUCGAUUUGGCGACAGUUGUAUAGGUCGCCUUGUAGAAAGAGAGGAGUCCCGGCCAGUCAAAUACAUUCAACAGAUCAAGAUGCCCCGACCGUCAGAGUCGUAGAAAGAUGCUUAUUGUUUUCAAACCGGAGAAUUUGAACGCGGACUAUAAGCCUGCGUAAGCUGAGGGUCACGUGUGCUUGCGUGCUUCCCAAUCGCCCACAGAGCUUGGUGAUCGCCUCCGACACACUUUGUACAGCGCUAACAAAUAUUUUGUUGAGUCGAUCAUCAUACCGGCCGCGUCCCCAUUCGACUUUGUUUCGCGUUACUCACCAG